GUUUGGUGUCUUGCCAAUUUUACAGAAGCAAAUUAAACUUUUUCUAAACUUACAGAAUAAGUAUAACUAUUGUGUGAGAGUGUGUGUGCAAAGAAAUAACUGUGUGUAUGUGAGUGGGUGCUUGCCCGUGUGUGUGUGUGUGUGUGUGUGUGUGUAUGUGUGUGUGUGUGUGUGUGUGAGGGAAGCAUUGCCAAUGCAGAUGCGGCAGGUGCUGUGUGGUGAGUGUAGAGGAUGCUGUUUAGCAGGCUGUAAUGUGGUGGGAAUAAGAAUAUUGCUUCUGCUUCAUGAAGGAAGAGUGCGAUUGUGAUUUUAUUUUUGCGUGAAUGAUGUUGAGAAAAAGUAAUAAAACUGACUCAGAAAGGCAAAGUGAAUAAAAAUGAACUUAAAUUAGUUUUGAGUGAAGUCAUUUUAGUUGGGAAGGUGGGAAGUGUUCAGCCUACACUCCCAGGAGGUAUAAUACAGAAAAUAGGUGGCUUUAAAUACUUGGGUGUCUACCUUGGGAACAGUGAGUUUUUAAACAAAAACUGGAAAGGCACUGUAGAGCAUGUGAAGAGAAGACGUUCUGCAGGAGACAAACUCUGGUCAUCAAGAACCUCGCUGAACCGUCCCUCUGGCUCAAGCUGGCAUGUGUGGAUCUGUCCCCAAACCUACCAGCAAACAUCUAAGCCUAAGUCAUCAUUUAAGUGAACUUCUUCUGGGACGGUCUAGACUAGAUUCCACAAAGCAUCAUCCAUCUGCCCAAAGAGGAAGUUAUCCAGCAGAUCUGUAUCCUUCCGCUUCCAGUUUAUCUAAAGCCUCCUCCCUGGACCCUUAGUAUGGAGCGCCAAUGGAAUACUACACAGAAGGUUGUUUUUAAUGGGAAAUAAAAAGCUGAAAGUUUCUGGAUUAACAGACUUUAACCAUGGAGUUUUUAAAAUGUGGAACAUUGGGCAUCUGGUGUGACGUCCCUGUCCCCUGUCCUGGACUCUCGUCUCCUCAGGAACUGUGACACUCCGGGAGCUGGUGAACAUCAUGGGAAAAGACCAGUCAUGGGCCUUGGACCUGGAGCGUGUUCGGCUGAUGAACUAAUAGCACACCGAGACUAGUCUUGCAGAAAAGGGACCCCUUCCCUACCUGGACAUUGCUCGUGACUUUGACAGGACGUGGACACUAUCUACCUCACUCAAGACACACAAGAGCUCAACCUACAGGACUUUAUUCACCUGGAGACCAGGGAUCUGAUGGCCAUCGUGGCAGUUCUUGAGUACAACCAGUGGUUCACUAAACUCUUGCUCAAGGAUUAUAAACUGUCUACAGAUUUAUGUGAUCAGAUCUUGAGAGUUGUAGCUCGCUCUAGCAGAUUAGAGGAGUUGGCUCUGGAAAACACAGGACUUAAAGCUGAUUUUGCACAGAAGUUGGCCAGCGCUCUGAGCCAGAACCCACAAUCAGCUCUACAUACACUCAACCUGGCCAACAACUCAAUGGAAGACAAAGGUAUUGCGUCUCUGAGUUCUCCACUCGGAAAACUUCCAUCGGGGCUUAAACAUCUAAACCUCUCGAAAAACUCCUUGUCAGCUAAAGGUGUGAACAUUCUGGCUCAGUCUCUGUGUUCCAACUCGUCCUUCUUUAACACACUCACACACCUUGACCUGUCUGGAAACACGCUGAGGGGAGACGACUUGCCCAUCCUGUGUAACUUCCUGAGUCAGCCGAACAGCCUUCACACCCUGGACCUGUCCAACUGUGACUGCGCUCUGGACCUGAUCUGCUCGUCUUUACUCCGAGGUUCUCUGAAGCAUCUUUCAGUCCUCAACAUGUCCAAGAGCGUCCUGAAUAUUAAGAAAGGAAAGGAGCUGCCCUCCUCCUUUAAGCAGUUCUUCAGCACGGCCCUGGCCCUCAACACCAUCGUUCUGUCCGGCACCAAACUGCCUCCAGAGGCCCUGAAAGCUCUGUUGCUAGGUCUGGCCUGUAAUCCUAACCUAAAAGAUAUCUCUUUGGAUCUGAGCAGUUGUGAGCUGCGGUCAGCUGGAUCUCAGAUCCUGGAAGGCUGCAUAGCUGAGCUCCCCAACGUCUCUAGUCUGGAUAUUUCAGACAACGGUUUGGACUCUGAUCUGACGACUCUGCUGGUGUGGGUGGCUAAGAAUCGCUCCAUCAGACAGCUGUCUCUGGGAAAGAACUUCAACAACAUCAAAUCCAAGAAUCUUGGGCAGGUGCUGAACAGUUUGGUUCUUAUGAUCCAGGAGGAGGAAUCUCCACUCAGCUCACUGUCGCUGGCUGAUUCUAAGCUGAAGGCUGAUUUGUCCAUGGUGUUGAAUGCUGUUGGAGGAAACAGCUCCCUGACUCGAUUAGACAUCAGUGGCAAUGGAAUGGGAGACAUGGGGGCUAAAAUGCUGGCCAAGGCUCUCCAGAUCAACACUAAGCUCAGGACUGUGAUUUGGGACAGGAAUAACGUCAGUGCUCAGGGUCUGCAGGACGUGGCAUCUGCUUUGGAGAAGAAUUACACUAUCCGCUUCAUGCCGGUGCCCAUCAUGGACGCUGCACAAGCUCUUAAGUCCAACCCUGAGAAAACUGAGGAUGCCCUUAUGAAGAUGGAGCAUUAUCUCCUGAGGAACCAUGAAACGAGGAAAUACCUUCAAGAGCAAGCCUACAGGCUACAGCAAGGCAUUGUCACAUCCACCACACAACAGAUGAUUGACAGGCUAUGUGUGAAGGUGCAGGACCACCUAAACUCUCUUCGCUUCAGUGAGAGGGAGAAGGUUCUGGAGGACAUGAAAGCAGCAGAGAGACUACUCCAGGAUGCCCGAAACUCGAAAAGACUGCUGGCCAAAAUGUUCCAGCUGCGUUCAGCACGACGUGGAGCUGGAGACGGAGGUGAAGGCGGAGGAGGAGGCGAAGGAGGAGUGUGUGCACAGGCCGAGAGCCCGUGGGUCGCCCCAAUUCAUGAUAAGCUUCAGUCGAUGGCAGGAGAAGUUAGCACUGUCAUAAACCAGCAGCUGCAGAGUUUGUUGGUGUCCAUGUUGGACACGGCGGAGAGUGUGUGUCCUCAUGUGAUGCGCACUGCGAACCUGAGGCCAACUCUGGUGCAUGUGAGUGAGGGGAAGAUGAGCGUGCCUAAAAGCUUCAUCACCAACACUCUGCUCGAGCAGUCUGCGGUCGACAUCAUCAACAAGAUCAGUGAGGUAAAGCUCAGCAUGGCUUCCUUCCUGUCCGACCGUAUUGUUGAUGAGAUCUUAGAGAAUCUUUCUCACUCUCAGCACACACUGGCGGAGCAUCUGAGUAGGCGUGGCCAGCCGCUGAUCCAUCAUGAUUCAGAGGAGACUGAGGUUCUGGAGGAGGGGCAGCUGGAACCAGAGAACCUUCCACCACCUUCAUCUGACCUUCUGGUACACACGCAUUCUCCUUUCCUGUCAUUACACAGGAAGUAUUUUUACUGUAUUAUUUUGACUCAACAUUUAAUUUAUUUUCUUUUUUUAAAGAAGCUGUCCCCAACUUCUAAGAGGCAAAGCAUCCUGUUCCGGAUGGUGCGUCCCAUCUCUGUGGCCUUUGAGCUUGAGUUUGAUUUGGAUAAAGCACUGGAGCAUGUGCCCAUCCACAUGGAAGACCUUCCUCCACCACCUGAACCUGUGGAAGAAGAGUUAGAGAGGCCUGAGAGUGUGUUUUUCAUUGAUCUGCCAGAAACAGAGAGUCCCAAAUUGCAGCACAUUACCAAACAUCGCCCACGCAGGAAGAAGACCAUCACAAAACCGAGAAAAGUAGCUGCUUCUGCUGUGGAGGUGGAGCCCACAGAGUUUGUUGGGAAAGUGGAUGAAGGAGUGGAUGAAUUUUUUGCUAAAAAAGUCACAAAGAUGGGCAUCAAGCAAUCCUCCAUGAAAGACACAGGUUCGGAAGGGGAAAGGAAGCGGGAAUCUCGCAUGAGUGGCUUCUUCAACCUCAUUAAAUCACGAACCUCCAUGAAAUCUUCACCCACCAGCCCACACUCACCCACUCCUGCUCCAACAAUCUCCUCUACUCCAUCUAUCACUGAGCAUGAUAACGUAGAAUCCACAAAGCCUGCAGUGAAAAGCCCCGUUCUCGAUCACACCCCAGAACCAAUCAAGACUCAGGUGCCGGAGAAAGCUGAUCCAUGUGAACCUGUAGAUACAUCUAGGACCUCUGAGGGUAAAGGACAUGCAGAAGAGGGUAAGAAGCGUGAGGGGAUGCCUGGGGGUCGAGUCCGAGGGGUGCAGGUGAUGGGGAACGACUUCUUGGCACAGCUGCGGGCCAAACAAGAGAAGAUGAAAGAAAAAGCAAGUGAACCCUCACCUGCAAACAAAGUCGAAUCCAACCAUGCUGAUGGUGACAGUGCAGCAGUAGAGAAACCAGUGCAGAAAGAGCACCAUCUAGAAGCUGUGUCCAAAUCUCCUUCUACCCAUAUCCUGAAACCAACUGCACCUGCUUCUGCCCACACCCCUGCAGCCAAACAAGCCCUUCCGGUGGUACACACUGGUCUCAAAACUUCACCAUCCAGCAACCCGAAAUCCACCAUGAGCAGCCACCCAGAGCUCCAGUCGAUCCAGGAGCACCAUCCUCAUAGCCCCCUGAGCAGCUCCAGCACAUCUGCAUCUGAUGUCUCAGGUCACUUCGAUGCUUCCUUCUCCACCCAACAAUCUGCAGCAACUCAACAUCAGAAGGAGGAUUCAUUUAAAAUGGAGAAAGAGGAACAUAUAUCUGUUUCUCCUGACUCACCUCCUAUAGUGCUGGAGCCGCCAGUAGAGGGCAGUGUGUUUGAGCCUGAAUCCUACACACAAACAUCACACACUGAGGCGGCAGGACAGGGUCGCACCUCGCUUCACUCCGCCGGGUCCACGGGUGCUGCUGAAAAGAAAGACGAUCGACAGCGCACCGUGUCUCUGCCUGCUCAAGUUGAACUUCUGAGUUCUUCAGACUCCACUUCCUCUCCAGAACCUUUGAAUUCCAGCAGCACUGAAACACAGCUUCAACACACAGAUUCAACACAAGAGGAAAUCUCAUCCAGUGAAGAAGAAAAUGUGGAAUAAAAGCAGAAGCACACAAGGAACUGUUUCUCAAAAGCAUAGCUGCAGAAAGAUCACAGUUAAAUAGUACAAUGUACAAAAAAUGCCAGUCUAGAAAAUGCCAUACAAUGAUAAUUGCUGGUAGAGAAAUGUAUAAAAAAAAACACCAUAAAAUCAGGAGAAGAAAGAAUUCUAAACAAGCAAUGAAUGUAACAUUAACACCAAAGAGAACAACUGUGUAGACCAAACACCAACAUAACUAGGAGGGCAAAAUUAAUACUUUUACCAGACCAAAAAACCCAAAAAGGUUUACAACAGUUUACAACUAAAACACAAAACCAGCCAGGACACCAAAACAUAAACACUGAAUAACAAACCAACCAGGACAUAACUGUACAAUAAACACCAAACCAACCAAAAGAUACAUAUAAAAUAAACAUCAAAACAGACAGAACAGAAUAAACGCCAAAACAAAAAGGACAAUCGUGUAGACCGUACAGCAAAGCAACCAGGACUUAACUGUAGAAUAAACACCAAAACUAAAAGGGAAAGCAUGUACACCAUACCAACCAAAAGCAACAUGUAGAAUAAACACCAAAGCAACCAGGACAUAACUGUAGAAUAAACACCAAAACUAAAAGGGAAAGCAUGUACACCAUACCAAACAAAAGUAAGUGUGCAAACUUUUCCCCAGAAGAUGAAUCUCUUUGUGCGUAACAAUCAGAGCUGUUUUUUAUAACUGUCACAUGAGUGAUCGCAGCGGACAAUUUUAUAGUAUUUUUUAAAUUUCUUUUAAUAUUGUUUUUUUUUUAUUGUUAUUCUUGUCUUCCUCACAUAGUUCAUUGUGAAAAAGUUGAUUUAUUCGGUAACAUUUGCAUUUCAUUUAUACAUUUCAUCAACAGCCUGCUGCUCGUUACAUGGCCGGCCAUGUGGACGUUCAAAUUAGACCACAUCUAAUUUAAAUAACAUGUCAGCGAUUUCUAAAUGUUAUAUACGGUAUGAUUAUAUCUUCUGAUAUGUUGGUAUGUAGAUAUUUAAUGAUACAAUGAUACACCAGAUUUUAUAUCACAAAUUAAAGAAUCAAAGAAACAGUGGAAUAAAAGUAUAAAGGUGCAGAUAAGUCUAUAAAAUUGUUCACCAUAGGGAAAGACAUAAUCUCUCUCCCCUGUCAAUGACAGCAACGCUAGCCAAUGGAGGAAGUCUGUAAGCUCAUGUAUGUGGAAGUGGGCAGAUUGCAAACUUUCCUCAGUGUGUUAAGCUGUCUUGUGUUAAGCAUGGUGUUGGUAGAUCAUGGUGUGAAUUGUCAAGACCAAUUUUGGAAGAACUUGGGGGGGGGGGGGGUGUUUCAUAAAUAAGCGGGAAAAACAGGAAAAAAUUCAAUGUAAAUGUCUAACCCAUUCUCAAACCUAGUGAAAUCUGGCGCAUUACAGGUUUAAAUCUAAUCCGAAACAUAAUACAUGCACCUUAAAUACAAAAGAAUUCACCCUGAGAGACAGAAAACUUUUUUUUGGUUGAACGGUUAAAGUGGUAUUAUGUGUUACUACAAUUUUAAGAGAGCAACGUGCAACACGACAUACAGUUAAAACUGACCGAUGCAAGCGUGACUAGGCACCGAAACUAGCCUUAAAUGGAUGUUUUACCCUCAAAUCCACACGAUAUAUACAUUUCCAUUUAAUCAAGAGCUUCUGUACUCAUUAAUACUGUAUGUUUCAUUAAUUUCCUCUUGUAUAAUGAUAUAUGUUGUUUUAAUUCUCUGUGGUGAUGGAAUAUAUACGUCGUACAUACAUGUUCUUUAAAAAGGGAAUACAUAAAUAUAUAUAUA